GCCCCACGGGCGGAUCGGCUUCAGGCCUUGUCCUGCCGGCCCCACCCACAGGGUUCUGGACAGCCGUUUUUUUCAGAGCGUCCAGCGAGAGUGUUCCAGCGAGUGUCCAGCGGUACCUACAGCGCUGGCGGGAUUCGCAUCUCGACAACCUGGACUUGAUCCCGUUUGUUCUCUAAACUCUCUUCCGUCACAUCAACAAUGUCAGUAAAGCAAGAUAACAUGAGCGCUCUCCUAUGCAAAUUUACUCGCCGCCACCCACAGGCAGAAGCACCAAAAUGCAAUCUCCUCCAGCAGAAAGAGGCAUUGGCUUUCGCAGGCUCUCGGAAUGUGGCCUCCCGUCCUCUUUACCACCCAGUGUUGGCCCAAGUCACAGACGCCUGCGCUCUUUUCCUGGGGUGUGCGAAAGUGUCGCGCUCUUCCGGCCGGGCUAGUGCCACUGCCCUUGGUACAGUAUCCCACAAUGACGCAGCCAGGGCCAGAUCGGAGUUUUGCCGCCUGCCGUGCUUCUGCCCGAUACAGCCACAGAACUCGGGGUCUGCGCCAGCAAUUGUCUGCGCUGUUGGUACUCGCCUUGUACUGAUCCAUCCAAAUCCAGGCACGACGAGUCAAACAUCAGUGUCUCUCUGUCUCUGCUCUGGCAACAAACGACGACAUGGCAGCAGAAUCAGGAUCAGAACCAAAAUCAGAAUCAAAGGGCCCGCAGGUUCCCGACAACGUGUACUGUAUGCACCUCAGCUAAGUAGGUGCAUUAACCCGCCCAAAACGCAAUUCAAACUCCAGUCAGAAAUUCUCAUCGCGCGUGGGCAGCCCAGACUUGCCAGGCUGCGGCGUCCGCGCUGGUGCUGCGGCCUUCGCCCCCUUUCCCUCCCCCAUUUCUCAUCUGGCCCCGACCUUGAUUCUCAUUUCACCAGCAAGCGCCGAUUGCCUCCUCCCAAAAGCCGGGCUCGCCCACUUUGAUCCGGGGGACCAAUGACGACGAGCUUGCUGAGAUGCGGCCAAUCAGCCAAUGCCUUUCCGCCGUGCCCCAGCAGAUGGGCUGACUGACGCGGCGCGUGGUGCACCUGGGAACGCUCUCCGUGAGCCGCGCCGGAACCGAAAAAGCUCCAUCGUCCGAUUCCUCCCAGGCUCUGGUCGAGGGAGGGAGAAAAAAAGACGCUUCGGCUGGCUGCUGACAUUGCAACACCCGAUCUGGUGAUUUUGCGACUUUACACGUCCGAUCAUGUACGCACACGACGCCGGUACGACAGCGACAAGUCCAUGUAC